AUGGCUGCCGCUAGCGCAAACGCCAGCCUCGACUCCAACGCCCUGCUCGCCUUCUUCACCCAGAUGGACGAUCAGGGAGGUGUCAUUGUCAGAGAUACCCCAAAACUAGAUCUAGAUCUGUACAUCCAGAACUACACAGGCUCCGCCGCCUUCAGGGGGGAACUGCUUCUCACCACUGCCACAGGCCGUACCCGCUUUGAACGUCUUUUCCUCAUCGGCCGGACAUGCGUGCCGCUCUGUGUCGACGCUCUCAAGGCUGCCGUCGCAGAGGCCAAAAAGGGUCAAGAUACGCAGCGUUACCGCGAUGUCGUUGAGUUGAUUCAGGUCGCCGCUCCUCUGGAGCCUGAAGCCACAUUCGAUCAGUCGUGGGUCGAGCUCACGGACAGGGCCAAUAAUGCCAAAACUCACGCCCUCGAGGGCGAGUUGAAGGGUUACAAGAUGAACCUGAUCAAGGAGAGCAUUCGGAUGGGAAACGAGGACCUGGGUCGUCACUUUGAAAGCAUCGGCGACCUUAAUAGCGCUGGCGAGGCUUACAGCCGGAUGCGCCCAGACGUGAGCACAUCCAAGCACAUCAUCGACGUUGGCAAGCACCUCGUCAAUGUGACGCUGCAGCGUCGGGAAUGGCCCAUGGUCAUUGCCAACCUGAGCAAGAUCACGGGUGUCCAGAACGGCGACGAAGAAAAGGGUUUGCAACCCUACGUCAAGAUCGUCCAGGGCAUCGCCCUCAUGGGGCUCGAGAAGUUUGACGAGGCGGCCAAAAGCUUCCUGCAGACGGAUGCCGGCAAAGAGGGAGUGGACUACAGCAAUAUCGCGAGCCCCAACGAUGUGGCAGUGUACGGUGGCCUCCUAGCUCUGGCAACCAUGGACCGGAAAGAGCUCCAGGCUCGUGUUCUCGACAACCAAAACUUUAGAACGUUUUUGGAACUGGAACCUCACAUCCGCAAGGCCAUUUCGCUUUUUGUGAAUGGCCGGUACUCGGCUUGCCUGGCCAUCCUAGAGGCGUAUCGCGCAGACUACCUCCUCGACAUUUACCUCCAGAAGCACGUCCCGACGCUCUACUCGCAGAUCCGGAGCAAGUGUAUCGUGCAGUACUUUAUCCCCUUCUCCUGCGUCACCUUGAGCAGCCUCGAGGAUGCAUUUGCCGUACCCGGCAAGCCGCUCAUUGACGAGCUCGUCGCCAUGAUCCGGGGCGGGGUUUUGCAGGCCCGCAUCAACACAAUUGACAAGACGUUGGUCGCCGUGUCUCCGAACCCCCGAGCCAUGCUGCAAAGGAUGGUCCUCGACACGAUCGAUGCCUACGAGCGGGACGCUACGGAGCGGAUCCGGCGUAUGAGUAUCAUUGCGGCAGAUAUGGAGGUCAAGACCAUGCGCAAGGGUAAUGCCCAUGCCGGUGCGCAGGGCAUCGAUGAGCUCUGGUUCGAGCAGUCCAACCGACCGACGGUGGCCGGCGGCGCGGGCGGCGACAACAUGAGCUGA